UGAGCCGGAAGUAGCGUGCGGGGUUGGAACGUGGUGGGGUUUGGGGUGUGUGGUGCGGCGGGAGCGGAUCUUUCCCGCACGGGCCUUAAACCGCCGCUUUGCCCGGCGCUGCCCGCUCCGGGACGCUGCUGCGACAGGGCCGUUCCCUGGCCGUUCCCUGGCCGUUCCCUGGCCGUGCACGGCCCCGCCUGCGAGAGAAGGACACGAAGUCCAGAGAUAGCAGCGUUCCCUUUCGCUGGCUGCCGUGGUUUGGUGUGUCCUUGUUAAAAAGACUGGCUUCAUCAGCUCAGUGGUAGCUUCUUUUUGAAGUAUCUCUUAAGGUGUUUUGCCAGGAGAAUCCCGGUUCGCUUGUGUCGGCAAGUAAUGUUGUAGAACUGACGGUGCGUGAGUACGGGGAGAUUGCCUUUGGUAGCGAGUCUUGGUAACUAUGUAGCAUGAGUUCAUAUACUUUAACGUCGUCUGUUUUAAACAGAUGUUUGAUGCUGAACUAGAACUUUGACCUUUACAGACUGCUUUUUCAGCUUCAGCACAACUUAUUGUAGCUGUAGUGGCCAUAAAUACUUUACUUUCUUUAGAUAGUCAUCCUAGUGCUUCAUUUGCUUUUGGAAUUUUCUGAGCACAAGAUCGGGGUGGGAAUUAAGUACUUUGGUUUAUAUCAGUAAUUCUCUUUUUUUGUUUGUUUUGGAAACUGUUUUCUGACAGCUAUGAAAUUUCUGUUGGUUUUUGAUUUUGACCAUACAAUUGUAGAUGAAAAUAGUGAUACCUGGAUUGUUAGAUGUGCUCCUGAGAAAAAACUUCCUAAUGGAUUAAAAAACUCCUACCGACCAGGACACUGGACAGAAUAUAUGGGCAGAGUCUUUGUUUACUUGGGAGACAAUGGCAUCAAAGAAGAUCAGAUGAAAAGGACUAUGACAACGAUUCCUUUCACUGCGGGAAUGAUAGAUCUUCUGGGUUUUGUUGGCGAGAACAAAGAGUUGUUUGACUGCAUAAUUGUUUCAGAUUCUAAUACAGUAUUUAUUGACUGGAUUUUGAAAGCAGCUGACUUCCAUAAGGUGUUUGAUGAAGUGUUUACAAACCCUGCGGCAUUCAGCAGUACUGGCUAUCUCACUGUACAGAACUUCCAUGCUCACCCUUGUGCGACGUGCCCUAAAAACCUAUGCAAAAGGAAAGUUUUAAAGGAAUUUCUAGAUAAACAGUUGGAGCGAGGAGUAAGUUACACACAAAUUGUAUAUAUAGGUGAUGGUGGGAAUGACUUAUGUCCAGUAAUGCUUUUGAAGAAGGAUGAUAUUGUUAUGCCAAGGCAGGGGUAUACCUUGGAGAAAAAGAUAUAUCAGCUGGCCCAAGAUCUCAGUCCUGUGGAGUGUUCUGUUCUUGUUUGGUCAUCUGCUAUUGACAUUAUGUCUUAUCUGAUGGCUCUUAUAAAGAAGUAAUACAAAUGAUAAAAAGAAAUUAAUGUAGUUCUGUUCUAUCUUCCUGGAAGAGAAAAACUGCACAUGCAUAAAAGCACAAAAUUGUAAAAUUGGGCUGUUAUCUGAACAUCUGUUUUUAAACAUGGUAUGGAACCAUUUGUGUUCAGGCUUGGCAGUAGUGUGAAACCGAAGUUAAAAUGGCUUUGUAACAUAGUACGCAUUCCAGCAUAAGUGGAGGAGGGGGGGGGAUUGCAUUAUUUUUAGUCUUCUCCCUUCCCCCCCGCCAAGGCUUUACCAACUGCAUAACUGACCUUUUCUGUUCCACAUGCUUAGAGGAAGGAGUAGGAUUAGUGCACAAAAAAAUUGAAAUUUUUUACGUAGGAAACAUGAGGUGCCAGGGGCAUAGCUCUGGAACUAGUGGCUUCUGUACUUUUUUGAUCAGGAUAAACGUUUAAUUUUGUAAAUUAUUUGGUACACUUUCAAUCUUGUUUGAUCUGAAGUUUAAUUUAUAUUUUCGGUAUUGUAAAUAUUUUACCACACAAAAUUACUCCUUAAUAGUUUGUAUUGUCUUGUACUGUAAAGGCAAUAAAAGUUACUGUUGCUGGCGAAAGCAACACACCUGACUUGUGUA